AUGGUUGAAAAUGCUAAUGCUAUAGAGCGAAAUGCUUUCUUCCACGCUAAUUGUUACUUCUAUUGUAGAACAAAGCAUAGUGUAAUGGGCGCAGUGACAGCUAUCGCUCUGCGUGGAGAGGGUCACCAGUUCUUUGUGGCCACGGACAAAUGCCAAAUUUACCGUUUCGAUGGAUCGACAUUCAAUUUCGAACUCAUCAACUCCUGUCAUUCGUCGCCAAUUAACGAUAUCGAAUUUCCUGAAAAUUGCUCUGAUUUGUUCGUCACAUGCUCUUAUGAGGAUAUUCGAGUGUUCCAUACACCUAGCCAGCAGGAACUUCUGCGUAUCAACAUCCCAAAUCGUGUCUGCUUCUGCAUUGAUCUCGUGAAUGAUGGAACGGCCAUUGUUUCAGGUAUAAUUUGCUGUGUACUGCCACGUGAUUGUAAUAACUCGAUUCUGUAG